AUCCAAUUCUGUGCUUACAUACUCAUGCCAAUGGUCGACCCUUCAAAGCACAGUGGGAUAAGCACGGGAGUGGUAUUCCGGGGUGCGAAAGCAAAAAUUCACUUGUUUUUACAGGUGCCAGGUUGAACAAGGAGUACUGAAGACUAAGUCAUGGUGUCUGAAGGCAACCUUCUGGACUUUGUUCAGGUGUGGACCAGUAACCUGCUCUGUUCAUGUUCACUGGCGGCUGCAGCGAUCAUCGCCACUGUCUGGUUGAUCAAAGACUCACGUCAAAUCGACGGCAUUGAUAAGAAACAUGUGCUGGUGACUGGAUGCGAUAGCGGCUUUGGAAACCUCGUGGCGCGGCAACUCGACCGACGAGGUUUCCGCGUAAUCGCCGCGUGUCUCACGGAACCUGGUGCCUCCAGACUGCGCUCGGCGGCCUCCCCCAAGCUCAAGACGCUUCUGCUCAAUGUUACCGACAGCGCGAGCAUCGAGAGCGCAUUGGAGUUUGUGCUCAACGAGACCGGGGAGAGAGGUCUGUGGGGGUUGGUGAACAAUGCUGGCAUCUCAGUGCCCAUCGGCCCAACAGAAUGGAUGCAGCUGGAGGACUUUAAGAAAGUUCUGGAUGUGAACCUGACAGGCCUUAUAGAAGUGACGCUGAAGUUCUUACCUCUGCUGAAGAAGGCUCGAGGUCGGGUGGUGAACGUGGCCAGCAUACUGGGCAGGCUCUCUCUCAUCGGGGGAGGAUACUGUCUCUCUAAAUGGGGUGUGGAGGCGUUCUCUGAUAGCUUGAGGAGGGAUAUGAUGCACUUUGGAGUGAAUGUAAGUAUCAUUGAACCAGGCUUCUUUAAAACACAAGUGACCGAUUUGGGUCUUAUUGAAGAUGAUCUGAAGAAACGGUGGAAUAGCCUCCCAGCAGAGGUCAGGAGAUCCUAUGGAGACUCGUACCUGCAGGAAUAUAUCAAGUUGCAGGCGUUCUCCAUGGGUAUUUUUUGUAGUAGUGACAUUUCAAAGGUGACAUCAUGCAUGCAGCACGCUCUCUCAGCACGACAUCCCAGAACGAGGUAUGCGGCUGGUUGGGACGCCAAGCUCUUUUGGAUUCCUCUCUCGUAUCUGCCGACUUGUGUAGCAGACUUCAUCAUGAAUAUUCUGGUACCUUCUCCAAAGGAGACCUGAGUGUUAGUACAGAGAAUUACUGUCGCCACAGUCCUGCUGUAGCACUCUUGUGCCCUUCAGCAAAGCAAUCAAGCCUAGGAUGUUCUAUUCCCUGCAGUUAAAGUACUGCAGGGUUAGUAUGGAUGAAAAACAUUUGCUAAAUGACAAUCAUAAAACUCUCAUGUUGUAGUUCAGCGCAUUAAAACUUGAAACAAAAAGCCUUUUCUUUUUGAAAUGUUGAUAUGAAAUAUUGAAGGGACAAUGUGUAUUUCUUUCCUUUAAGCUGUAAGACCCUGGUGGUGGAUUUGGUCUUCUACAUUAUUAUUAUUAUUAUUAUUAUUUUUUUAAUAAUAAAUGCAAUCAAUUAAAGAUA